CUCAAUAUGCAUUCCUUUAACGCUCUCUUCUUCGCCACAUUGCUUUCCACGAGCUUUGUGAGCGCCCUUGCCCCUCGCUCUUCCGUCAACGGCCCUUGCACCGGCGCUGGAGGUGCACCUGGUGUCUGCAUUUCCACCUCUUCCUGCUCUAGCGACGGCGGCUCCUUCAUUUCGAAUGCGUGCCCAGGCACACCGGACGACAUCAAGUGCUGCGUCAAGACGUCCUGCGCCUCUGGCGGCAACUGCCGCUGGACCUCACAGUGCAGCGGCUCUGGGCUAACCAGCCAGCCUGGCUUCUGCCCUGGCCCCACUAACUUCCAAUGCUGCACUAAGGAGUCUACCGGCGGCGGCUCCAGCGGCAACCUCCCAGGUCUCAAUGCAGUCCAGACCAAACGUGCGCGCACCAUCAUUGCCCGCGCAAAGCAGGACUUCAAGAGCAGCCAGCAGAAGCGCGCCUGCUAUGUCGCCAUCACGACUGCGUUCCAGGAGUCUGGCAUCCGCAUUCUCGCUAAUAGCAAGUAUCCCGCUUCGCUGAAGUAUCCCCACGAUGGGGUUGGGCACGACCAUGACUCCGUGGGCAUCUUUCAGCAGCGGCCGUCUUGGGGUUCGACCAAGGAGCGCAUGGAUGCAUCGCUGAGUGCGCAUUUCUUCUUCAAUGCCCUGAAGAAGAUUAGCAACUGGCCCAGUCUUGCUAUUGGCAAGGCAGCGCAGAAAGUCCAGGUGUCUGCUUUCCCAGACGCGUACGACAAGCACAUUACGAAGGCCAAGAAGGUUUGCGACGCUGGCUGGUAG